AUGUCUCCAGAAAACGUCGCCCCUGAGCGAAUCGUGUUCGGCGGGGAUGGAGCGUCGCCCGGAAACUUCAGCGACCCUAGCGGCGUGGCCGUGUCAGCUGAUAACGAGAUAGUUGUGGCUGACGUGCACAACAGACGUGUGCAGGUGUUCAGCAUGGAGGGUACCUUCCUUCGCCUGUUCCCAGCUGCACUGCCAGGCACUGCUGCAGUGUCGGGCACAGAGGACCAGUUGAUGUACCCUACCGAUGUGGACAUUGACCAACAAGGGCACGUGUGGGCGGUGGGGGUGGUGAGCUUCCCUUCCAGCGGCGUGUCUGUUGUACGGUACCGGGACGGCCUGCCAGUUGCCAUGUUUGCCGUGGAACGGGCCGCGUGGUACCCGAAGAUCGCCGUGGACGCGCGAAGCGGUAGGAUAAUUGUCGGGGCUGCGAGUGAGGUUCUGAUGUUUCAGCCGGACGGCUCCUUUGACAGGAGCUUCAAAACGGGGGAUUCAGGCAUAUCCUACAUCACUACAGACCUGCAGGGGAAUGUCAUCAUGACGGACAUCUCAACCAGCGUGAAGAUAUACAAUCAGGCCGGACAUCGCAUCCUGACCUUCCCCACGAACGGCAAACCCCUGGGCGUGUGUACGGCCUCCCGCGGGCACAUCAUCGUGGGGGACAUGGCCCGCGGGCGGGUGGAGGUGUUCACAGGCGCCGGGGAGUUUGUACGCACCGCCGCUAACGUCACCAACCCCUGGGCCAUCGCCGUGGGGCCGACCGGAGAUCUGGUGGUGACCAACGCGUAUGACAACAUUGUGACGAUCUUUCCUUACCGGAUAGCGUUUCAUAGCAAGUAG